AUGUACCGUAGAUGGCUCGCAAUGAUCAGGUACUGGAAUAGACUGGUAAAACUUGAUGAGAAUAGACUAACCAAGCGUGCAUUCAAUAGAGAUUACAGCUCGCCAAAUAACAGUAACUGGUGCAGUGAUAUUAAAACCGUUAUGUCUAGACUUCACCUAACGGAGUAUUACAAUAGGAAACUCGCCGUCUCAAUGGACUUAGCCAAAGAAAACAUGAACCAGUUUUAUUCAACCGUUUGGUCUAGAGAUUACGAACGAGUAUCAAAGUUGAGAACAUAUAGAACAUUUAAAACUGAGUUUACUUGUGAGGAAUAUGUUAAGUUGAACUUAAAAAGAAAUGAACGGGCUUUAUUUGCUCAAUUCAGAACCGGAAUACUUCCACUUAGGGUUGAAACCGGACGUUAUGUGGGUGAAUCCCCUGCACAAAGACUGUGUAAGUUGUGCAAUAGCGGACUAGUUGAAGACGAGACUCACUUUCUUGUUGAAUGUGCUCUUUAUAGUAACCCAAGAUCUGUUAUAUUUGGAAACAUUUUAAACUGUGAUGAAUUUAUACGCAAAUCAAACAAAGACAAACUUGUUUUCUUGGUUCAAACUCACCCUAGAAAAUGUGCAAAAUUUAUUGUUAAUGCUUAUUAUAUCAUAAGUAGACCCGUUGUUGUGAAUCUCGAGGGUAGUUCAGAAAACUUGUACAAGAAAUAUGUGAUUGAGAAAGAGCUAGAGUUUUUAUACAUCCUGACAAACCAGUAUCUUAAGGCGGGUAAAAAUUAUGUGCUCAGCAUAACUAAAUUUGAUGGCCUUUUACGAGCCACCAGUGAUGGAUUAUUUUAUGCUUAUGAUGAAGAAGACGGUAACGAAGUGUAUUUUGUCGCAACUCAAUUUCAACCGAUAUCUGCGAGAAAAGCGUUUCCAUGCUUCGAUGAACCAGCGAUUAAAUCCCAAUACGACGUUACUCUUGUGAGGAAGAAAUCAGUGUUAUCGUUAUCCAAUAUGCCACUUUCUAAUUCGACUAACAGAGCCAAUGGUUGGAUAGCAGAUACAUUUGAAAGAACGCCAAAGAUGUCUGUGUACCUCCUAGCUUUCUUUGUUGGUAACCAUGAGCAUCUUGAAAAGACGACUGCAAAUGGUGUCAAAUUUCGUACAUGGUCAAAACCUAGUGCUAUCAAUAAAACAACUUACGCUCUAGAUGUAGGUGUAAAGAUGCAAGAGUUCUUCGCAGAUUACUUCGCAGUAUCCUACCCAUUACCAAAGCAAGACAACAUUGCGAUAUCAAAUUACCAAGCGGGUGGAAUGGAGAAUUGGGGACUUAUAGUUUAUUCCGACAAUGCGAUGCUGGUAGACCUGGACAAGGAUUCCCUCAAGUCAAUAGAAACAGCAGCAAGCAUAGUGUCGCACGAGGUUGCCCACACAUGGGUUGGAAAUUUAGUGACGACUCACUGGUGGGAUGAUAUUUGGUUGAAUGAAGGAUUUGCAAGAUUUUACCAAUAUACUGGUGUAGAUGUUGUCCAUCCAGACUGGAACAUGUGGGACAAGUUCAUCAAAGAUAUACUACAUAAUGUUUUACUUAUUGAUGGAAACCCAAGAUGGACCCAUCCUCUUCACAAUCCUGUGUACAAAUCAAAGGACAUAAGCAAAAAUAUAUUUGGUUUUAUUCCGUAUCAAAAGGGUGCAGCAGUAAUACGUAUGUUGAGUUUCAUAGUUGGCCAAAACACAUUUCAAAAGGGAAUGAAAGUACGUCGAUACUACAAUUUCUAA